UGUGCGAGCUGCAGACGCGAUUCAACGCGCUUCAAUCAAGGAGCAACUGCCUGAUCUGCCGUCGCCGCAACCACUCUCACACCGCACACCCACCCACCUAAACAGCUUGUUUUCUCUCCAACUUAUUGUAAUUGCAGCACUCAGUACCAUAUACUGGUCCUAUAUAUGUUGACGCUUUUAUCCCGACUCGUUCUUCCAGGCCUGUUCAUAUCGAUACACUGCCACCCCCCUCGACCGAACCUCGACGACCAGUACGUAGGCCAGCACGCAGGCCUGUCUGGCAACCCUAAAUCGCUGGGGAGCAGCUGGAUUGGGCCAUCUGCGUAGGAAUGGCUGUUCUUCUCGAACGGCAAGUGGCACCUCCUAUUCCGAUAAUGGAAGCAGGGGAGGCGGCACCCGACAAGAAGCUUCACCCCUUCUUCUCCGCCCCUCGCCCUGCCAACAACUUGGAGGGCGACGCCGACGCCGCGGGGGCUGCCCAGGCCGCAACGGAGCCGAUCUCAUAUACCCCUCAGACCUCGACCUCCUCCUCCGACGACCAAUCCUCAGCACCGAACCAGAGUGCGCCGAAGCGAAGAAAACGCAAAUCGGAGGCGGCUGAGGCUCAACCCACCGACGGAAAGAAGAAGCGUGGGAGACCAAGGAAGAUCCAAAAGUCCUCUCCUUCACCAAUAGAGGAAUGUUUGGAGCAAAAGACCACGGAGGGCGCUAUCCAAAAUGGGUGCACGGGAGCUGCCGACGAACCCGCAACGACCGAGCCGCGCGAGGAGCAGGGCAACGUUGCUCCUACCAGGGUGCCACUGGAACCCGCCUCAGUGACCUCUGUCCAGGCCACUGUCACUCAGCCCCCGCAGUCAGAACCCGCAAAACCCAAGAAAAUGCUCGUUUUCAACCCAAAGUCAGGCACCUUGGGAUCACCACCGAAACCCAAGGCUCCGUCACUCAAGCCGGGACUAGGGGCGAAAACGCCGAAGGGGCGAGGAGCAAAGCAGGGAUCUUUGAUUGCCCGCACGAGGUACGGGGAAGGCCUGGAAGAUGACGAACGCGUCAGAAUCGGAACUAGGAUCAACGAUAUUCUCGCUAGCCCUUCUCCAACCAAGGCAGGCUUGCCCGAAACCCCGGACAAGAGUGAUACUGCUCCUGCCCGUGCGGCUCAGCUAGCCAAGACGGUACAAAUCCGGGAACCGAAAAUCUCAAGACCCCCCCAUCCGUUUUUUAUGGGUAAGAGCGAGAGGGCAGAGUUGGUGGCGGAAAGCAAGGAGUGCAGGCCAACACCGCCCGCACCAUCCUCACCGAAGAGGCCGCGUGGUGGUACUCUCGAUGGCACUCGUGCUCCGAGCACAUGUCAGCCCACGUUCGGAAUCAAGCACAGCGGAGUCAAGGUGCCAGGAGCCCGCCACCCAGCGUGGCCAUGGAAGGGCACGGCACAUGUUGGCCGUGAUGACAUUUUGCCGCUUUGCCCUGGCAUCGCAGAUCUUGAACUCCCUCUCAGAAAGUCCAAAGGAAAUGCGACUGCCGUCGGCGAAAAGGAAUCAGUCGUGUCCGAGCUAGCGUCCUCACUCAACAUCCCAGCCAUAAUUGACGAGGUCCGAAAUAUCAACACGGAUGACUUUCUCCCGCCACCAAUAGAGCUUCGGCUCCCUCACAAGCAUUGUGAGAGCGGGCGGAAGUUGCAGCAAAGGGUUAGGGGGCACCUACGGACACUUGGCAGCAGCCCUAGCAUGGCGCACUUCUUCGACUCGAUCAAGACCAGCCUUUCUGCCCACGAUCGAUCGCAAUGCGAGUCGCUCGCCUGGGCCCAAAAGUUUGCCCCUGCAUCAGCCGCGGAGGUGCUUCAGGCCGGAAGGGAGAUGGGCCUUCUCAGGGACUGGCUUGUGUCCCUUAAGGUACAAACCGUCGACACGGGUGCUACCGACGGCUCUGCUCCGUCAGGGAAGAACGGGUCGAAGGACGCAAAAAAGAAAAGGAAGCGGAACAAGCUCGACGGAUUCGUUGUUUCCAGUGACGACGAAGCCGACGAGAUGGGAAAACUUUCAGAGUCAGAGGGCGAGCUGUCUCUUACGCACCGCUACUGGGCUACGAAGAAGACCGUCGUUCGGGGCGGGGAUGGCUCGCACAAGAGUGCAAAGGACGCCCCGCGCUUGAGAAACGCGGUUGUCAUCAGCGGCCCCCACGGCUGCGGCAAGAGUGCUGCUGUGUAUGCCCUGGCUAAGGAGCUCGGCUUCGAGGUGUUUGAGAUCAGCCCUAGCAGCCGCCGCAGUGGCAAGGACAUCGUCGAGAAGAUCGGUGACAUGACUAGAAAUCAUCAGGUCCAGCAACAGCAUUCCGGAGCCUCAGCUGGUGUCAGGGACGGGAAAGACAGCAGCCUGCCAACCGAAGAGCAAGUGGCCGCCGAGGUCCAGUCCGGGAAACAAUCAACCAUGAACUCGUUCUUCAAGCCGAAAGCUGUAGCAAAGGCGAAGCCCAUGAAGCCGCAGCCCGAAGUCCAAACCGCUUCUCCCGCCGAACCUUCUGAGACGAGAAAAGCUGCGCCCAGGAGCCAGAAACAGUCGUUGAUUCUUCUCGAAGAAGUCGAUAUUCUGUACGAGGAGGACAAGCAGUUUUGGUCGACUGUUAUUGGUUUGAUGGCACAGUCUAAACGCCCUUUCAUCAUGACUUGCAACGACGAGGCUCUGGUUCCACUACAAACUCUCAGUCUGCACGGCAUCUUUCGCUUCAGUGCUCCUCCAGCUGACUUGGCUGUCGAUCGAUUGCUGAUUAUGGCUGCUCACGAGGGCCACGCGCUCACACGGCGAGCUACCGAGUCUCUAUACGAAUCAAGAGGCAGAGACCUGCGGGCUUCAAUCACAGAGCUCAACUACUGGUGCCAGUUGGGAGUGGGCGACCGAAGGGGUGGUUUCGAGUGGUUUUACUUGCGGUGGCCCAGGGGAAUCGACCUCGACGAGAACGGGGAUGUUAUCCGUGUGAUCAGUGAGGGGACAUACGAGGAGGGGAUGGGAUGGCUUGGGCGAGAGCCCGCAAGCGACCGAGGCUCGGCUCCCUUGCUCCAAGAGGCUGGCCUGUUGCAGCAGUCUUGGGACAACUGCGGCUUCGAUCUCGGCAACUGGCAGGACUGCCCGGAAUUGGAGUCGUGGGCCAAGGAGGUCAAGACCAUAGCGGACACGUCCGCCAGGAGACUCGAGGCCCUGGACGCAUACGACAACUUUGCAGAUGCCAUGAGUCUCGCCGACCUGAACGCCGCCAUGGCACCGGUUUGGUCACAUGAGCUUCAAAUUGAUGCCACACUCCCUGCUGACCCGACCAAGGCCAAGGACGACCUCGUGCUUGGGCUCACAUUUCUCGAGGCAACUCCCACCACCUCCUUCGACUCUAUAAGCACCUCCCUAUCGAUCACCCUCAAGAGUUUCUCUCGACACCUGCUAUGGCGUGGAUGCGACGAGCGCAACCUCGACUGUGCCCAGUACCUUGCUCCUCUCCACCAAGACCAAGCGACGGCCCUGCUGCACAAGCAAAUCACGCAAACACCGCCAUCGGCCCCGGCAGUCAAUAGGCUUGACUUCGCCAUGGCGUUUGACCCAAUUGCAGCAGCAGACGAGGCCGGCGCAGGGCCCGUGUCGUACCUCGACCCGUCGGUAUGGGACCGCACCAUGAAGGUCAUAGCACUCGAUGUCGCGCCCUUUGUGCGCGGCAUCGUGGCAUACGACAACCACCUCCAGCAGCAGCGCCUCAGGCUCGGCAGCCUCAUGAGCCAGGGCGGGGUCGGUGGUCCCAAGAAGAGGAUGCGCACGACCCGGGCUGCCUACUCAGCCAUGGAGGGCGGCCAGCGCAGCACCACGCGCGCCGAGCGAUGGUUCAAGGCCGACCUGAACCCCUUCCUCGUCAGCUCCACCGCGCCAAGGGGGUGCGUCGCCGAGGCUGCCACGCUCAGCCAGGGUCCGGGCAGCGCCAGCGACUGCCCAGCGAUGGAUCGAGGCUCGUCGGAGGAUGAAGAGGAGGAGUGCAGGCCGCUUCCCUGCCCCGGAAGGGCGGGCGGUGGCGGCAAGAGGAGGGCGGGCAGGAGGAGGCCGCUGGGCACGGUAGUGAACGAGAGCAGCGACGUGGAGCCGGCGAGGGAAUCGGACGACGAGCUGGCUGCGUGACGGGGUGGGAUGGAUGAUGCUAUAAUUGGGAAAGCCCACGAGGGGUUUUGCUUGGGCUGUUGGUGAACCCACCCCGUCGGAAAUCGCCACAACGGGUACCUGCUUGAUAGACGUUUACCCGUCUUGGCAUCGUGGGACUGUGAUUUUUUUUUUUGUACUUUUGUACUAGAGGCUACAACGAGGACAUGAAACCGAGUCAGCGGGUGCCGAAACUCCCCAGGUAGACUUUUCUAGAGAUAUGGUAUUAGACAAACACAAUGGCAAUCCGUAACGAGCA